UUUAAUAAUGUUUAAUUUCAGAUAUAUUGAAGACCUAAACUGCAACUAUGAAGUCUAAAAUGAUUAACAUCAAGGAUUUUAAUUUCCAAGAUUUGCUUGACUCUGCAUCCAACCUUUAUGAUGUUGAAUUCAAGAUUAUAGAUGAGAACUCCCAGGAGCUGGGAACUGUCAGGUCCCACAAGUUCUUGCUGUCCCUCCUGUCCCCUGUGCUGAAGAAGAUGUUUAGCAGCCGGGAGGAGGGGUCCAUUGUUGUUGAGAUCACUGGUCCAUCCUUCAUUAGUUUCCAGACCCUCAUCCAGUUCUUAUACACUGGAGAUGAGUCAGUUAUUACAGAUAUAUCCUCUAUUGAUGAUCUGUUUGGUCUGUAUUAUCUGGGAGAUAAGUAUGAGCUGCGUGGAGCCAGGAACCUGAUCAAGGAAGUUGUCUCUAGCUUCAAGAUCAACCAGGAGAACUGGAUUCAUGUACUCAAGGAAAUCAAGAAGUACGAGAAUACUUUCCUAUUUGAAGAUCUCUGUAAUAUACUUCAGGAUCAAGUUCAAGGCUAUUUGAAGGGCUGUCCCUCUUCUGAUGAAUACCUGGAUGAUAUUCAAGAAUCUGAUGA